CAUGAAUCUCGUCUUAGAAACCAUCCUUACAGUCAGUCAUCCAAGACCCAAGUCAAGACCCCAAGUCGACAGUCUCAUCUAUCAAAACCAUCUCCAUCAGUUGGCGAUCUUGUUUAUUUAACCACCGAUAGGGACAAAACUCGUGGUAGAAGUCGAUAUCUCGUAACAAACAUUGAUAAGGGAUGGUGUUUUGUCCGAAAGUUUACCGGAAACCAACUCCGGUCUUUGCCUUAUAAAGUGAAACUCUGUGCGUGUAUUCCGAUAACGAACUUUUACUCUGAUAUGACUAUCAAUCCACAAGAGGACUCGUUAAGCGACGACGAAGUUUGUACUAUUCCCCUAUCGUCUCCACCUGAUGAGUCAUUAUGUGUCCCAACUCCACACUCACCCCAGAUUCCUGAUGUCAUUGCAGAGCCACCAUCGGAAAACAACAUGCAAAGUAUCAACUAUAAUCCAGAUCCUGCUGUUCCUGCAGACUUACCAAUCAACAGUCCCGUUACAACAGUCGAUCCUGCGCCACAACGUCCACGUCGUGUACACUAG